UAAAAGUGGUAGUGCUCGCAAAUAUCCAACAGGUGACUGUUGCAACAGGAUGAGGAAAAUUCUCUUAUCUCUGGCUUUGCUUACAACAGUGACUUCUGAGGAUUUAGACAGCAAAAAACAUCGUCCCUUAUUGUCAGAAGGUGAGCCUCAAUUCUGGUUCGCGAGAGGCAGUCGCUUCCCAUGGGAUCUUACCCAUUUUGAGUUUGACCAAUCCUUGAAAGAUAAGGAUGUAAGGCGUCUUCAGACAACAGAAUCAUCACUCAACAAAAUUUCUUCUCACGAUCUCAACAGAUUUAUGUUCAACAAGCAAAAUUCUCCCAACGCUCAAGAAGAACGUAAUCAUCAAAAAUCUGACGAAUCAAGUGAUGAGAAGAGAAAAAAUUCUCUCAUGUCAUCAGUAAAAGAAGAUUUUCUUCCAAAUCAAGAAAUAAUUGAUUGUACAAUGAAAAAAUGUCCACAAUAUUUUCAAAAUUGGCGUCUACUGGAACCAUUUUAUGUAGAUGAACCAAAUUGGGUGCAAGUAAAUUCUGAGAAUUAUGAUACACGCUUUGAAGAUAGUGAACCAUUUUUUGUCACUCGUGGUAAACGAUCACUAGAAAUACCAAAAAUAAAUUUUCACCAAAAACAAUUUAUUCUAGAAAAUAAAUCAAGAAUCAAUACAUUAAAAUCAAAUUUACAAACAGGAAAUAUUGGGAAAAAUGAAAAUAAUGAGAAUUUAAUGAAGGAAAAUGUAACUUUCAAAAAAAUUGUACGCAAACGAAGUGAAAAUGAUGAAGAUAAUGAUGAAAAAAAAUUAUUGGCGAAUAUAGAGAAAAAUUUGUAUCUAAAGGGUGGAAUUGGAAAGAAUUUUAAUUAUUUACAUCCACGUAAUAAGCAUUCGGAUAUUUUGGAAAUUCUCGAAGAGCCAUUUUUUAUUUCACGGGGCAAAAAAAGUAAUAGUAAUAACAAUAAUUAUUUCUAUUAUCGUCCAAAUAGUGAUUUUUCUGUGCCUGAUUAUUUAUGGGAACAAUAUCUCGAUCAGCGUUUAGAAAAUUUUCUUUCCGAUCUAAAUACAGACAGUAUGUUAGUGCCGGAGAUUGAUAUUGGCGAUAAGGAGAGAAUUUUGAGGAAAAUUUUCAAUAAUCUUCCUGUAAAGAGAACAAAAAAUGAGAAUAAAAAAUUUUUUGAGUCAAAUAAGAAAAGAAAUGUUUUGGAUGAGAUAAAUUUGCAUAUGGAACCAUUUUAUAUUGCGAGAGGCUGAUAGAGAGUUGUGUCUGUAGUUUGGCCUGAGGGUAAGGUUCUUUUGUUUCUGUCAGUCGAACUUGGGUUCGAUUCCCCACAAGGUUUUUUUUUCAAAAUUCUUGUUUGUAAUUUUACAAAAUAGAAAAUACAUUAAAUUAUUUAUAAGGUGAAAAAGCUCAUAAUAAAAAUUGUAUUGAAUUAUAAAUUAAAAAAUAAU